UCAAUAUGUGUGUGUUUAUCGAUCUAUUUGUAUGUAUGUGUGUAUGUGUGUGUAUGUAUACCUGUGUACUAUGUAUGUAUAUAAUACAGUAGAGUCUCACUUAUCCAAGCUAAACGGGCCGGCAGAAGCUUGGAUAAGCGAAUAUCUUGGAUAAUUAGGAGGGAUUAAGGAAAAGCCUAUUAAACAUCAAAUUAGGUUAUGAUUUUACAAAUUAAGCACCAAAACAUCAUGUUAUACAAAUUUGACAGAAAAAGUAGUUCAAUACGCAGUAAUGUUAUGUUGUAACUACUGUAUUUACUAAUUUAGCACCAAAAUAUCACAAUGUAUUGAAAACAUUGACUACAAAAAUGCCUUGGAUAAUCCAGAAACUUGGAUAAGCAAGGCUUGGAUAAGUGAGACUCUACUGUAUAUGUAUAUAUGUAUGUAUGUGUGUGCAUGUGUGUAUGUAUAUAUGUCUCUCUCUGUGUGUGUAUAUGUAUAAAUGUGUGUAUAUGUACUAUGGUUGUAUAUAAUAUAUAUGUGUAUAUGGGCCAGGCUGUGGCGCAGCUGGCUAGUAACCAGCUGCAAUAAAUCACUACUGACCGAGAGGUCAUGAGUUCGAGGUUAAGCCCCAGACCAUAAAAUAGCCUGGCUUGCUGUUUACCUAAGCAGCCCAAAAGACAGUUGCAUCUGUCAACUAGGAAAUUUAGGUAUGCUUUAUGCGGGAGGAUAAUUUAACUAAUUUACAACACUAUAAAACUGCCAGCAGCACGCAGAAAGGAAUGAGGAAGUCCAGCACUCGGUGUCACUCAUGGAGGAUGAAGCAACAGCUCCCCCUGUGGCCGGAAUCGAGCAUUCCCUCAUGAAGCUGGAAAUGUUAAAUUGCCUCUGUGUGUGUCUAUACUGUAUGUUGUUUGUCUGUUGGCAUUGAAUGUUUGCCAUAUAUGUGUUCAUUGUAAUCCGCCCUGAGUCCCCUUUGGGGUGAGAAAGAAGGGCGGAAUAUAAAUACUGUAAAUAAAUAUGUGUGUAUGUUUAUGUGUGUGUGUGUGUGUAUAUGUCUAUGUAUAUAUGUGUGUGCACUAUAGAAUCAUAGAAUAGUAGAGUUGGAAGAAACCUCAUGGGCCAUCCAGUCCAACCCCAUUCUGCCAAGAAGCAGGAAAUCGCAUUCAAAGCACCCCCGACAGAUGGCCAUCCAGCUUCUGUUUAAAAGCCUCCAAAGAAGGAGCCUCCACCACGGCCCCGGGGAGAGAGUUCCACUGCCGAACAGCCUUUCUCACAGUCAGGAAAUUCUUCCUGGUGUUCAGGUGGAAUCUCCUUUCCUGUAGUUAUCUAUAUAUAAAAAAGAGUGAUGGCAUCACGGCGACCCACAAAACAACAAAACUACAGGCCUCCCAACCUCAAAAUUUGACAACACAACCCAUCAUCCACGCCUCUAGGUUGAUACAACAAAAAGAAAAGAAAAACAAAGUCCUAAUUAGAGGGAGAGCAAUAAUUGUUUUUAUCCAAUUGCUGCCAGUUUAGAGGGCUACGCUCCGCCCACUUGGUCUCCUAGCAACCUACUCAGUCCAGGAGACAGGCACAGUUAGGCCUCAGGCCUCUUCCACACUGCCUAUAAGAUACAGAUUAUCUGAUUUUAACUGGAUUAUAUGGCAGUGUAGACUCAAGGCUAUAUUACCCAUUUAGAAUCUUAUAUUAUCUGCUUUGAACUGGAUUAUCUUGACUCCACACUGCCAGAUAAUCCACUUCAGUGUGCAUUUUAUACAGCAGUGUAGAAGGGGCAGUUCCAGGCAGAUAAUAUAAGAUUACAAAUAUACAGUAGAGUCUCACUAAUCCAACAUAAACAGUGUCCUCUAUCCUCACCACUUUCACAGUACACAAACAACCAAAUGCAUACUAAACAUAAAGACAACCAUACAACAGACAUUCAAUACCACCACAACCUCAACAAUUUCUCACCAACACCACCAGACAACGCCACAGCAACGCAUGGCCGGGCACAGCUAGUGUAUAUAUAAAGUAUAAAUGUGUGUGUAUUAAAUGUGUAUUUGUAUGUAUAUAUGUAUGUAUAUAUAUAUAUGUAAUGUGCGUAUAUUUGUGUAUGUAUAUAUGUGUAUGUGUGUAUAUGUGUCCGUGUAUCUAUAAAAGCAUGUGUGUGUGUGAAAUGCCAAUGGCCUUGGUGCUGCAAACAGCGCACCAUCUGCAUGUUCUCCAUCCCUGACCUAGAAAUGGGGAAGAAACAACGUCUUCUUAUGGAUCCAAUUAUUGAUCGAGCGGACUCAAGGCCCUUCUGCAGCUGACAUCGUUCUCACCCGUAUCUUCCUCCCAGACCUUGGCUCUGUCCCCAUGUUCUAUCGGCCAACCUUGGCUGUUGAAGGCCUUGCCUAUAAAAACGCCUUCCGCUCUCUGGGGCCCAACCAUUUCCAUUGGGCAAUAGGUAUCAAGAUGAAGGUCUCGGCCACGCUCUUCCUCUUGCCCGUCUUCUUUGUCCUGGGCUGGGCCCAGUGUCCAGUUCCAGCCGACCUGAAGCGGGAGGACGGCACCAAGGCCUGCGCCCUCCUCUACACCGAGAACAGCCCCUACUACGACCAGUGCUGUGCCGGCAACGUCAUGGAGGUCGAGCCCGGCGAGGACCAGCCCUACAUGCCGUCUGGCUUCAACAACAAGGUCUCCUCCGUAGUGGUGGCCCAGCGCUGUGAACUCAACGUCUGGUCCUCCAAAGCCAAAGGCGGCAAGACACGCAAGUUCAAGGCCGGGGCCUUCCCGCGACUCCAGGAAUACCGGCGGGGCAUCUUCGGAGACUGGAACAAUGCCAUCUCCGGCUAUUAUUGCACCUGCAGCUAAAGCGGGGACCAGAACGGUGCCAAGUCCGACUAGAAGAAACCGUGCUUGGAUCACAUAGGACAACACAACCUAAACCAAGACUUGGUAAUACUGCAAAUAUUAAACCCUUCUUGUUUUGCCCUGAAAGCUCCUUCUCCAAAGGCUCUCGAAGUCUGGCCCAUUGCUAGAUAAUAACUAUGGCUGUCAGCUUGAAGCCACCAAGAAGAGACCUUGCUUGGAUCCACUGUGAUUUGCACCCAGACCUUGCAAUGCCUCAAACGUUAAAUCCUUCUCUCAUCUUGCCCAGAAAGCUCCUUCUCCAAAUGCCCUCGAAGUCUGGCCCAUAGCUAGAUAAUAACUAUGGCUGUCAGCUUGAAGAGAUCUUACUUGGAUCCACUGUUGUAGAUUGCUAACAAGGGCUUUCUGCUUGGAGCCACCACGAAGAAACUUUGCUUGCAUCCAUCAUACCCUGACACUACGAUUUGCACUCAGAUCCUGCAACUUCUCAAACAUUAAACCCUUCCCUCGUCUUCUGCAGAAAGCGCCUUCCUAGAAUCUCUUCUGCUUUGAACUCUGACCCAUUGCAACAUACAGAUGGAUAACCAUGAGUUUUGACUUGUGGCAACCACAAAGGGACCUUCCUUGGAUCCACCAUGAUUUGCACCCAGACCCUGCAACAUCUUGAACAUUCUCUCGUGGAAAGAUUCCCAGAGUCUCCUGUUUCUCCAGAGUCUGGUCCAUUCCAAGAUGAUGACAUCUUCUUCUCCAAAGCCAAGGUACUGAUGGAGAACCACGGCUUUCCUCUUGCAGAAGCCAAGAAGAGACUUUGCUUGGAUCGAUGAAACCUUGACACCCAAAGGUCUCAAAUAUUAAACUCAUCUUUCCAGAAAUGACAACAACAACAACUCCAUUUCCUCCUCUAAGUCUGGCCCAUGGCAAUAUACAAAUAACAAUGACUUCCAUUGUGUGGUGACCAAGAAAGGACCUUCCUUGGAUCCAUCAUGAGUCGCUCCCAGACCCUGUAACUUCUUCUCAUCUUCCCAACAACAACAACAACUCUUCCUCGUCCUCUAAGUUUGGCACAUUGCAAUAUACAAAUAACAAUGGCUUCCAUUGUCUGGCGACCAAGAAGGGACAUUACUUGGAUCCAUUGUGAGUCACCCAGACCCUGUAACAUCUUCUCGUCUUCCCAACAACAACAAUAACAACUCUUCCUCCUCUAAGUUUGGUUCAUUGCAAUAUACAAAUAACAAUGACUUCCAUUGUCUGGCGACCAAGAAGGGACAUUACUUGGAUCCAUUGUGAGUCACCCAGACCCUGUAACAUCUUCUCGUCUUCCCAACAAUAACAACAACAACUCUUCCUCCUCCUCUAAGUUUGACUCAUUGCAAUAUACAACUAACUAUGGCUUCUGUUGUGUGGCGACCAAGAAGGGAUUUUCCUUGGAUCCAUUGUGAGUCACCCAGACCCUGUAACAUCUUCUCGUCUUCCCAACAACAACAACAACAAAAACAACAACAACAACCUCUUCCUCCUCUAAGUUUGGCUCAUUGCAAUAUACAACUAACUAUGGCUUCCAUUGUCUGGCGACCAAGAAGGGACCUUCCGUGGAUCCAUUGUGAGUCACCCAGACCCUGUAAUGUCUUCUCGUCUUCCCAACAAUAACAACAACAACAACUCUUCCUCCUCCUCCUCUAAGUUUGGCUCAUUGCAAUAUACAAAUAACUAUGGCUUCCAUUGUGCGGCAACCAAGAGAGAUCUUCCCAGAAACAACAACAACAACAACAACAACAACAACAACAACAACUCCUCUUCUUCCUCUUCUUCUUCUUCUUCUUCCUCUGCCUUCUCCUCCUCCUUCUUCUUCCUUCUUCUUAUUCCUCCUCCUCCUCUUCUAAGUUUGGCCCACUGCAAUAUACAAAUAACCAUGGCUUCCAUGGUGUGGCAACCAAGUGACCUUCCCAGAAACAACAACAACCCUUCCUCCUCUUCCUCUUCCUCUUCCUCUUCCUCUUCCUCUUCCUCUUCCUCUUCUUCUUCUUCUUCUUCUUCUUCUUCUUCUUCUUCUUCUUCUUCCUCCUCCUCCUCCUCCUCCUCCUCCUCCUUCUCUUCUUCUUCUUCCUCUUCUUUCUUCCUCUUCUUCCUCUUCCUCCUCCUCUUUCUCCUUCUUCUUCCAUCAUCUUCUUCUUCUUCUUCCUCCUCCUACUACUACUAAUCCUCCUCUUCUUCAUCUUCUAAGUCUGGCCCCUUGCACUAUACAAAUCAUGCAACAACCAAGAAGAGACCUUCCUUGGAUCCAUCAUGAUUUGCACCCAGACCUUGUAAUGUCUCAAAACAUGAAACCUUUCUCUCAUCUUCCCCAGAAAAGCUCCUCUUUCUCCAGAGUUGAAUCCAUUCCAAGAUGGUGCGAUGCAGAUGGAAAACGACAGCUUUCGUCUCUCGGCGGUGGAGAACCCACUGCAGAACAGAAGGCAUCACUGCCACAGAAGUAAUGUCCCAAAACAUACCGUUCCAUGUGCAUCUAUUCCCCUCCCAAAAGAACAAUAGGCACGACCGGACGGGUCCGAAAGCGCCCAGUUUGGCUCCAUUUCUUGACCGCUUUGAGCUGUCUUGCCAGUCUUCCGUCUCUUCCAUCUUUUUGUGUGCAAAUCCAUCUCCCCUUUUCCGCCUCCCCAAUUCUCGGCUAUUAUUGUCGCCGCUAAACGUAAUUAAAAGUGAAGCAACAUGA